UGUGUGAUCCCACAGGUUUUAGCUGACGCUGUCGCACGCUUGGUUGUGGAUAAAUUCAGUGAUUUGACGGAAAACUUCACGUCUCCACAUGCACGUAGAAAAGUCCUUGCUGGAAUUGUCAUGACAACAGGUACAGACGUGAAAGAUGCCCUGGUAAUAAGUGUUUCUACAGGAACAAAAUGCAUCAAUGGUGAAUACAUGAGUGAUCGUGGUCUUGCAUUAAAUGAUUGCCAUGCAGAGAUUAUAUCUCGCCGGUGCCUGCUUAAAUUUCUCUAUACACAACUUGAGCUUUAUCUAAGCAAUAAAGAAGAUCAACAAAAAUCCAUUUUUAUCAAGUCAGAGCGAGGUGGAUUUAAGCUGAAGGAGAAUGUGCAGUUCCAUCUCUAUAUCAGCACAUCUCCUUGUGGUGAUGCGAGGAUUUUCUCCCCACAUGAAGCAGCACAAGAGGAUCAAGGGGACAGGCAUCCAAACCGCAAAGCAAGAGGACAGCUACGGACAAAGAUAGAAUCUGGGGAAGGGACCAUCCCUGUGCGCUCCACUACCACUAUCCAGACGUGGGAUGGUGUGUUGCAAGGAGAAAGGCUACUUACCAUGUCCUGCAGUGACAAGAUAGCGAGGUGGAACGUUUUGGGUAUUCAAGGAGCGUUACUUAGCCUCUUUGUGGAGCCAGUUUACUUCUCUAGCAUCAUCUUGGGGAGUUUAUAUCAUGGGGAUCAUCUAUCCAGAGCCGUAUACCAGAGGAUAGCAGAGAUAGAAGAUCUACCACCUCUUUAUACACUCAACAGACCUUUACUUAGUGGUAUUAGCAAUGCAGAAGCCCGUCAGCCAGGGAAAGCACCAAACUUCAGCGUGAACUGGACAGUAGGAGACACUGGUCUUGAGGUCAUUAAUGCUACAACUGGCAAAGAUGAAAUGGGUCGUGCAUCUCGCCUUUGUAAGCAUGCUUUCUACAGCCGCUGGAUGCGUAUUCAUGCAAAGCUUUCCUCCAGCUUGCGCUCAAAGAUCCUCAAGCCUAGCGUGUACCACGAAACCAAGCAAGGAGCCACUGAGUAUCAAACUGCCAAAGAGUGUUUGUUUAAAGCAUUCCUGAAGGCAGGACUUGGAGCCUGGGUGGAGAAGCCGAUCGAACAGGAUCAGUUUUCUCUCACAGUUUAAUUCACAGACUGCACAUCACUUUGGAAAGGGGGUUGUUCUGGAAAUUCCUGGUGUCCAGCAUUGCUUUCUGGCAUCUCCUCAGCCGUCAGAACAUCUUUUAUCCUGUUUGGAGUUGGGUUUUUCCUUUGUUUUUUAUUUGAAACUUCAUAGUAACUGUUUCUGUUUUGCCUGAGUAUUGAAACUCAAUGCUGGUCUGACACAUACUUGUAUAUUUUGUUACGGGAAAGUAGUUUCUGGUGUAUUUCUAGAAAGACUUUCACUGUAGAAAACUCGCAGUAAGGCUCUUCUUACAGUACACAAUGACUCAUUUUUUCUGGGUUAAAAUCAUUUCUUUUUUACAUUCAAUGGCAUCAAGUGCAUGAAGAAAGUUUCUCCAGGUUUUCCACCACAUUUUUAGGAAGUAGCUUAUUUUUUCUUUUUAUUAAAGAAAAUAGGUGACAAAGCUGAUUCUGCUUCUCCCUUAACUUGGGUUUCAACUGCAGGUAUUUCUAGCAUAUAGACCACAGAGCCAGAAUGGAGUCUGGACAGCUAGUUUUUCCCCACUUCCUUGCUCUUGAAAACCAGCUGCUGAGAAUUUCAUGUCUUUGAUGUAUGUAUUUAUUAGUCUGUGACCCAGUUUUUAACAUGCAGCUUUUUAUUCUGUUUUUAAAAAUACAUUUACCUCCCAUUUACA